GUCUCUUUUCACAGUUGUGAAUCCAGAGGCAUGGAUCUUCGUCUCUUGCUGUUUAUUCUGGCACUGGUGUCUGCGAGCGAUUCCUCCUCCACGGACAAGGCUUUGCCAGGAAAACCACAGUUCAUUAAGUGCCGGUCACCUGAACUGGAAACCUUUUCAUGUUACUGGAAGAAUGGCAACUUUUCCCAUUUAACAGCUGCUGGAGCCGUGAAAUUGGUGUAUGCAAAAAGGAACCUAGAAAAGCUGGGUGAAUGGAAAGAAUGUCCUGAUUAUGUAACUGCCGGUGAAAACAGCUGUUAUUUCAACAAAACCUACACCUCCAUUUGGGUUCCUUAUUGUGUCAGGCUGGUUAAUGGAAGCAAGAUGUAUGACGAAUUAUGUUUCCGUGUGGAGGACCUAGUCAUACCAGACCCUCCCAUCGAACUCAACUGGACUGUUCUGAACACCAGCCCAAUAGGCAUCUAUACCGAUAUCCAGGUCACCUGGAAGCCUCCACCUUCCGCAGACGUUCAGAAUGGAUGGAUCACCCUCCACUACCAGCUUCAGUACAAAGAAGUCAAUGAGACAGAGUGGAAGAAGCUGGAGCCAAAGGCCGCCACGAUGUUUCCUGUAUAUUCUUUGAAGACGUGCCGCGAUUACGAGAUACGAGUCCGGGCGCAAGGGGUUUCUGAAAUGUAUGGGGACUUCAGUGACACCCUCUACGUAUCUUUUGACUCCGCAGGCCAGGUGCCAUGCAAUGACGAAGAAUUCUCAUUUCCUUGGCCUAUGGUGUUUGCCUUUGGUACGCUUGGCGUAAUGGUGAUGUUAACUGUGCUGCUCUUUUCUAAACAGAAGAAGUUAAAGAUACUGAUUCUUCCUCCUGUUCCCGUUCCCAAAAUUAAAGGAAUCGAUCCAGACCUCUUCAAGAAAGGAAAACUUGAUGAAGUCAACUCCAUCUUAGCCAGUCAUGGUAGCUGCAUGCCACCACUGUACGGAGACGACUCUUGGGUGGAAUUCAUUGAGCUGGAUAUAGACGAGGCAGAAGAGAGGAACGAAGGAUUGGAUACUGACAGGCUCCUCAGCGACGACCACUUGAAGUCUCAAGGCUGCCUUGGCGUAAGGGAUGACGAUUCUGGGAGAGCCAGCUGCUGUGAGCCGGAUAUCCCAGAGACUGACUUCAGCGCCAGCGACACCUGCGACGGAACCUCAGACAUCGACCAGUCCAAGAAGGCAAACCACAAAGAGGAGGAUCUCUUGGGCCUUGACCAGAAAGACAACGAGAAGCCAGCGUCAGGUCUUGAGGGGGUGCCUGAUCGCCCAGGUGAAGACGAGCACCCCAAAGCCCAUGUCUCUGUCGCUGACACUAUCAAGACGACCAACCUGCCUGUCAAGACCCAGCUGAGCAACCAGAAUUCAAUGGCCAACAUUGACUUUUACACACUGGUCAGCGACAUUACUCCGGGAGGGAGGGUUGUGCUUUCCCCUGGGCAAAAGGUUAAGAUGGGGAGAGAUCCGAGCGAGACUCCGAAAGAACCAGUUGCCCAGUGCCAACCCAGCUUCGACAUGGACAGUGCCUAUUUCUGUGAGCUGGAUGUGAAAAAAUGUGUCCCCACCACGCUUCACAAAGAGGCUGAGCCAGAAGUUCAAGACCAGAGCUUUCCUGAAAAUGCUUACUUCACCGCCGAGAGCCUUACCCCUACAGCUGUGAAUCCUGCGAGGGCAGCAGUUCAGGAAGAGCCAGGAAGUGCCGAGGUGCUUGUGGCAGACUAUACCUCCAUCCAUGUAGUGCAAUCUCCGCAAGGCCUUGUGCUCAACGCCACCGCUCUCCCAGUGCCAGACAAGGAAUUCAUCGCGUCCUGUGGUUACGUGAGCACAGACCAACUAAACAAAAUGCUGCCCUAGUUUUCCUUGGACUGAGUAGGAAGUGGUGCCAUCCCCCCCCCUUCCCCACUCCUCAGUCCAUGCCUCUGUGAGGCUCUGAAACACAUGCAGAGCUCCCUGUGAGCAGGGGUUUCAAUGCCCACUUUGGUGUGGAGCUACGUGUUCACAUUGGAGGCCAUCCAUGCUCACCUAGAGCCUUUGAAUUGGGGAGUGUAUAUAUUUCGAUGGCAUGGAGUUGGCUUGGGGAGUGUGUAUGCUUCAACCAAAACAAACGCGUUCAGUAUUUUCAGAGGGGUGUCGGCUAGUGCAUUCCCUUCUCCGUUUACCUGAGAUGUUGAGUCAAUCACAGUAUUGCUGUCAUGUCUUGUAAAUAUUGUCUUAUGAAACAUCGGUGGGGUUGGUUCAGUAGCAGUGAGUGUCUUUUGUUAUUUGUAGGUGUUGAUUUGGGGUCAUUCUUAAUGCAUUGGACGGCAGUGUAACGUUACGUAAAUCAUCUUUAUUCGAAAAGCUAAUGUCAGGUGUUUUCUGCAGUUUGAGUAAGUUUAUGUUAAAAUUCUACCAUAUGCAGAGAUGUUGAUACUGGGAAUUGAAGAAUGAAAUACUGGGAAGGACAGGGGGGAAUUGUUGGGCUAAAUAAUACAUUUAUUUUGAUUUAUAUAAAUAUACAUAUUUUAAUACUUUAGACAAGCAGGCAUGGAUAUUUUAUAUUUACACUGCACACUGUAGUUUAAUUAUAAUGAUCCGUCUAUGGAAUGUAUCUGCUGCAAUCAUUGUAGCAACUUUAAAAGAAGAAAAGAAUAUAAGGAGAAUAUUAUUUUUUACAGAAAGUUUUUAUACCUCCACAAAAGCUAUAGAGAACUAGUUGCUACACUAGUUUGUUGAGGCCUAUUCGUUUCUUAAAAGUGCUAUUCAUGCUUCUGCAUUUUACAUGUAGCAAAUCAGAACAUGUACAAACCAUACAAGAUCUGUCACAAGAGUCUGUUGUGGUAACAAGACAUAACACAGUUUGUAUAGCAGUCAAAACUACAAUGGGUUUGGAUUUUUCUGGGCCUUUCAAGAACACUAUCCACUUUUAUGGGACGUUUAGAAAUACACACUGGCGAAUAAGCGCCAGUGACUUGACAACACUAUGCUUCACAAUAUAUACUGAAGUCCUUUCCUCAAAAAACUGUUGAGGACCUCUCAGCGCUAAUAUUCUCAGUGGAAGCUGAUCAGGGGGCUCCAGGCUGUUUGUAAAGCUCAGACUCCAAAUCAAAUGAAGCUACAGAACUCAGUACAGUAUUGUUAACAGUGUAGUUUGUGUGUGUGUUUGUCUUUAGCAUAUUCUGCACGUCAGUUGUUCAGAGGCUUUAAAGAAGUCGCGUUGCUUACGCCUCAUUUACAAUUUACCUGUGUUUUUCUCUCUCAAGGUACGCCUUAACAUAAUUCAAUCUCAAAUUUUGUUUACAUAAUUGGGGGCUAAAUUCAAAGACCCUGCAAACACGCCCCCCAUCCCCAUCCCCGCUUCCUUUCUCCAUGCUGCCCUUAUAUGCAGCUGUUUUUAGACCCAAAGCGUCUCCAGCUCAGAAUUUCUGGAGUCCAGUGUUCUGAACUGUGGGGCGCAGGACGCAGGGCCCACUUCAAGCCGGGGGAAUCAUACAAAUAUGCCUUAACUGAGCCCACAUCCUAGAUGCAUCUAGUUCAAUAUUGCCUACUCUUGAGUAGCAGCAGCUCUCCAGGAGUUUAGGCAAAGAACUUUAGUAUAACAUACUACCUAAUUGUUUCUUUUAAAAAGUGGAGAUGAGAGAGAUCAAACCUGGAGCCUUCUGCCACUGAGCUGUGGGUACAAAUCCGUACCAUACCGAAACAUUGCUGUGAACUAGGCAGAACUUAAGAGCCUGCUACUGCUGUUCCUUGAUCACAGGUCGCACAUUCAACCAAUAAAACGGUUGCUGGCUGUUGCAUUGCCAUCUCCACACUAAUGCGCAGCCGAGUGGAGGAAAUAAGUAGAACUCUCAUGGGCAUGGGUGAAUCAUGUCCCAGUGUGUUUGAUGUGUUAAAAUGUAUUUCACAAUUGCAGCACUGGCCCCACAGAACUCCGUGGGACUUGCUUCUGAAUAAACUUGCUUAGGAUCACACUGAAGCAGUAGCAGCGUGGUUACAUGUGGCUCCUUGAUGAUUUAGGGUUUCAAAAGCUCUGUCCCAAGUUGUCAGGGAAAGCCAUGAAGUCAUCCUGAGCAGGAAAGAGGAGAUGCUGCUGGACCUUAUGUUAUUGGUAGUUACCGUAUCUUACUAGUCUCCUUUAGCAGUUGGGAUGGGGAAGAGGAGGGGAGAUUAGCUGGAGGUAACAGAUGGGGUAAACCAGAAGUAUCCCUUUCUUGCAUCGUCUGGUUGCCUUCCAGGCUGUGAUUAUACAUUAUAUUAUCCAAAAGACUGUGCCAACAGUAACAGCCUUUGUCUCAGGUGAGUAGAGCUCUGUGAAAGCAGAUCACAGCAAGCUGCAGUACAUGGCCUGAAACCACGUGUAAAUGAAAACAAAAUACUGAGUUUUAUUAUAGACCACAGUUGUGAAUUUUAAAAUCCAAGCAUCUUGGAUCAUGUAAGCAAGCUUUGAGAAGCAAAGCAAAUUAGAGGGGAAGACUCUGCCAUAAGCAUUUCUAAAGAAAAAAAAUGUAGCUCAGAAACAAAUCAUGAUUUGCUUCAGAAGUCAACGUUGUUUUUUAUGUACUUGCUAUUUUAACAAAUAUAAAUAUUUUAAGCCACAAAUAAGAGCAAGGAUGUGUUGCCUUCCAAAUGUUUGAAACUGGGAAAUUCUGCAUUUGGCUCGUACUUUUAAGCUGAUGUUUAUUAGAUACUCUGCUAAUUUGCUGUUAAAUUUUUCUAACAGCUGCCUUCUUUAGUUCUAGGCCCUAAUGCCAUUGAAUUUAUGUGAGUCUCUCUUGGGGGCAAGCAAGUCUUAUUGACAAGAGUGUUUCUAUCACCAAAAACUAGUUAAAUACCUCAAUCAAUCUCAGAAUGUCAUUUUGGUACUCUGCUGGUUACACAAGCCAUUAUACCCCAGUAUAAAGAUUUGUGUCCUUCUGUUUAUAUUUAACUUGCCUUCUGUCAGUGUUCCUUAUUUCAAUAAAUUUAUUUUCUUCAAUCCA